AUGGCUAGCAAACAGAGCAGCUUCAUUCUGCUUGUUCUUGCUGAUCUAUCCCUGCUGUUCUGCAUUCUGCUUGCACCUGUGUGCUUAGCCACACCAGACACAGCUCCGUUUACUCUCCUGCAAGUGAAGUCCAGCCUCACUGACCCUGAAGGUGUCCUCUCCGGCUGGUUGCCGGAGGCCGACGUAUGCUCAUGGCACGGCAUUACAUGCCUGCCAGGAGAGGGCAGCGUGACAGGCCUCAACUUGUCAGGAUACGGUCUGUCAGGCGUGAUACCGCCGGCGAUAGGCGGUCUCAUCUCCGUCGAGUUCAUUGACAUGUCCUCCAAUUCCCUCACCGGGCCGAUCCCGCCGGAGCUGGGCAUGCUGGAGAACUUGAGGACGCUGCUCCUCUUUUCCAACUCCCUCACCGGCACCAUCCCGCCGGAGCUUGGCCUUCUCAAGAACCUGAAAGUUCUCAGGAUCGGUGACAACAGGCUGCACGGCGAGAUCCCGCCGCACCUCGGCAACUGCACGGAGCUGGAGACGCUAGGCCUGGCAUACUGCCAGCUGAAUGGCGCCAUUCCUGCUGAGCUCGGCAACCUGAGGCGCCUGCAGCAGCUGGUCCUCGACAACAACACCCUCACCGGGGGCAUCCCGGAGCAGCUCGCCGGUUGCGCAAGUUUGCGCGUUCUGUCAGUGUCUGAUAACAGGCUGCAAGGCACCAUUCCUUCCUUCGUCGGCAGCUUCAGUGAUCUCCAGUCUAUGAAUUUAGCAAACAAUAAGUUUUCCAGUGGGAUUCCGGUGGAGAUUGGUAACCUUUCCAGCUUGACAUACCUCAACCUGCUCGGCAACAGCCUGACCGGCGCCAUACCGCAAGAACUGAACCGGCUGAGCCAUCUGGAAGUUCUGGACUUGUCCCAGAACAACCUCUCUGGAGAGAUCACCAUCUCUGCAUCACAACUGAAGACCUUGAAGUUCCUUGUGCUAUCAGACAAUCUGCUUGAGGGUACCCUCCCUGAAGACCUCUGUGCCGGGGACUCGAGCCUGGAGAAUCUGUUCCUCGCCGGCAACAACCUUGGAGGCGGCAUCGAGAAGCUGCUCAAGUGCGGUGCUCUGCAAUCCGUCGACGUCUCGAACAACAGCUUCGCUGGAGCUGUACCUGCGGACAUCGACCGGCUGUCAGACCUCGUCGAUCUGGCGCUGCACAACAACAGCUUCACCGGCGUUCUGCCCCCUCAGAUAGGUAAUCUGAGCAACCUGGAGAUCCUGUCUCUGUACCACAAUGGCCUCACCGGCGCGAUCCCGCCGGAGAUCAGCAGGCUUCAAAGGCUGAAGGUCUUGUUCCUCUACGAGAACCAGAUGUCUGGAGCCAUCCCUGACGAGCUCACCAACUGCACGAGCUUGGAACAGGUGGACUUCUUCGGUAACCACUUCCAUGGCCCUAUCCCUGAAAAGAUUGGGAACCUCAAGAACCUGGCGGUGCUUCAGCUCCGGCAGAACGACCUGUCGGGUCCCAUCCCGGCGAGCCUCGGCGACUGCAGGAGGCUCCAGGCGCUGGCAUUGGCGGACAACCGGCUCUCCGGCGCGUUGCCGGAGACAUUCGGGCAGCUCACCGAGCUCAGCGUGAUCACUCUGUACAACAACUCCCUCGAGGGUCCCCUGCCAGAGUCGCUGUUCCAGCUCAAGAAUCUGACGGUGAUCAACAUCGCGCACAACCGGUUCGCCGGCAGAGUCAUUCCUCUCCUCGGCUCGAGCUCCCUCUUUGUGCUAGUGCUGACGAAUAACUGCUUCUCGGGGGUGAUCCCCGCGGCGGUUGCGCGGUCGAAGGACAUGGUCCGGCUCCAGCUCACCGGCAACCGGUUCACCGGUGGAAUACCGGCCGAGCUGGGCAACCUGGCGCGGCUCCAGAUGCUUGACCUCUCGCUCAACAACGUGUCCGGCGACAUCCCGGCCGAGCUCUCCAACUGCGGGCAACUCACCCAUCUAAAGCUCGACGGGAACAGCCUAACGGGCACCGUCCCUUCAUGGCUGGGCAGCUUCCGGUCCCUCGGCGAGCUCGACCUCUCGUCGAACGCGUUAACUGGCGGCAUCCCGGCGGAGCUCGGCAACUGCUCGGGCCUGCUCAAGCUGUCCCUCAGCGACAACCACCUCUCCGGCAGCAUCCCACCGGAGAUCGGCCGGCUGACAUCGCUCAACGUUCUAAACCUGCACAAGAACAGCCUCACCGGCGCCAUACCGCCGGAGCUCCGGCGAUGCAACAAGCUGUACGAGCUGAGGCUGUCGGAGAACUCCCUUGAGGGCCCGGUCCUGCCAGAGCUCGGGCAGCUGUCGGAGCUGCAGGUGAUACUGGACCUGAGCUUCAACAGGCUCUCCGGCGAGAUCCCGGCGUCUCUCGGCAACCUCGUGAAGCUGGAGCGACUGAACCUGUCGUCCAACCGCCUCUAUGGACCAAUACCUUCCUCGCUGCUGCAGCUGACGAGCCUGCACCGCCUGAACCUGUCGGACAACCUCCUCUCCGGCCCGGUACCGGCUGCGCUGUCCAGCUUCCCGGCGGCGUCUUUCCUCGGCAACGAGCUCUGCGGCGCGCCGCUGCCGCCCUGCCGGCCGUCGUCUUCCAGGCGGCUGCCGGGCAAGGAGGUGGCUGGCAUCGUGGCGGGCAUCGCCGUCGUCUCGGCAGUGGUGUGCGUGGCCCUGCUGUACAUCAUGCUGAGGGUGUGGAGCAACUGGAGGGCGGUGUCCGUGUCGAGCUCCGACGGCGAGGAGACGGCGGAGGCUGCACACGGCCAGCGCGGCGGCAAGUGGGGCGCCGGGGACGGCAAGUACUGGAAGGUCGGGUCGCCGCUUUCAUCGGUGGAGGAGAAGCACAGCUCAGCGUCGGAGACUAGCGUGCUCCACGGGAAGUCGGUGGUGGCGGCGCCGCGAAGGGCUAGCCACGCCGUACUGGUCGUUGGCAAGCCGUGAACGUUGCAUGCUCAAAAUGUUUGUGUAUCAAUGCGUUACUGGUUCUUGCUUUAAUCGAUCCCCUCUUCCAUCUCGUGUGAUUGUUUCUUCGAUUUCUCCGCCAUGUCCGUUCGUUCUUCUGUUCUUGAUCUGGAGCUGGAAACUGGAGCGAAGCAAAACCGGGAAGAGCUGGUAUAGUGAGUAGUGAUUUGAUCUGUUGAUCUU